GUAAAAUGGGACCUGACAGAGCGCAAUAAACUGCCAUCAGCCCUUGAGCGCACAACACAUUAAAACAAUUAUCAUUUGAGUUUAUCUAUUCUUUUCACAAAUUUCCCCCCAAAAUGAUAUCUCGUUUAGCAAACGGUAUUCCGAUACCCUGGGUACCAGAGGCUUGAGCUUCAAGCUCCUAGCAAAGAGCGGCAACUAACAAAGAGCGACAACGAGAAGCGAAGACGGCGUGUACACGGCCAAAAAGUAGGUCAACUAUGCUAUGCUAUACUAUGCUUUUUCCAUAUGAUUCCUAUGAAUCAACCCUGGGUACGCGCCUGAAGACCGGUAUGUCAGUAAACGAGAAAUCUUAAUUAAUUCAACUGUAUAAAUGAAAUCCCGCCUUUUUCUGUCGACCAGCGCUCAGUUUGUCAAGUCUGUCAAGGGUAUCAAAGCCUUUGGAUAACAAGGAAAACUGUGUCGAUGAAAACGAAAUGGUUUAAUCUACCGCUUGACCUGUCCUUAAUAUUGUUCUAAAAAAUCAAAUCGUUGUUGUCGACUUUUUCUUUUAAUUUUAUUCGCAAGGAAUCGAAAGGAAUGUGGUUCCGCCCCUAUUUACGUAGUAAGGCCACCUUCAAGAGGUUAAAGCAAGGUCACUGGUGGUUAGCAACAGACCCGUGUAAAAUACACUAAAACACUAGUAAAUGUUUUGGAAUAAAUGUUUUAAAUUUUAAUUGCUAAGAACCUUUUUUGAAUGAGCCGUUAUUUGAAGCUUUAGUAGAAUACAGGCGUGGAUAACUGAUCCUCGCAUACAAAGAAUGAGAGGGAGAUAUAGCCAAAUGCGUGAGUAUCUUGUCUUUCUUCUUUUUUUGUGUUUAAUGAUUACUGGUACGAAAGGCAAAAAUACAUUGGCCGACGAAGAGGCUAUGGACGAGCUGGAAAAGCUCUUGAGUGCCCAGAGGAUGGAAGAGAAUCUUAGGUACCUGACGGAGAGGCCCCAUCACGCAGGCUCCCCCCGGAACACGUUAUUAGCGGAGGAGAUUGCGCGGAGAUGGCGAAGUUAUGGCUUUGACAAAGUAGAAAUGCCUCGGUAUAAUGUACUACAAAACCUCCCGAUGGAAGAGGAUCCAAGUUUUGCUGCGAUUGUGGACGAUAAGGGAGCUAUUUUACAUCAGUUCCAAGAAAAAGAGACCCCGCUGACCACAUUUGAGCGCAAGCACGAGCCGGAGGUGAUGCCCUCGUUCCUGUCUUCCCCGCUGAAUGCAAGUGUCGAUGGAGACGUCGUGUAUGUAAAUUACGGACGCGAUGAAGAUUUCGACAAGCUGAAAGAACUGGGCGUGUCUGUUAAGGGAAGGAUCGCGUUUAUGCGAAUGGGACGCGUUUACAGAGGGAACAAGGUACGCAGCGCCGGAUAUAAUGGCGCCAUAGCAGCUCUUAUUUAUCAAGACCCAGAGCAAUUCGCGCCCGAAGGACCAAACAACACGUUUCCAAACUCUUGGUGGCUGCCGGAUACUGGAAUACAGCGUGGCGGCGCUGGGCUUGGGUCCUGGCCGGGGGAUCCGCUGACCACAGGGUACCCGGCAGUUGAUGGCAUUUAUAGGAUGCCCGUCAGCAAGCUUGGUCAGCCAAAGAUCCCGUCUUAUGGUCUUUCAUACGGCGACGCGUUAAAAAUUCUUAAAAGAAUGAAAGGGCCUGACGUACCGCCACACUGGGAGGGAAAACUAGACGUUCGGUAUAGACUUGGCCCAGGCUUCACGCAGGAAAACACGAAAGUGCACUUGACCACUAAGUCCAAACGCGUCAUGCAUCCAAUUUUUAACGUCAUAGGGACUAUCCGAGGUCGUGAAGAACCCGACCGCUACGUCAUUGUCGGUAACCACAGAGACUCUUGGGUCUUCGGCGCCAGCGAUCCGUCCAGCGGUACUGCUAUUCAAAUGGAGGUGUCACGUGGUUUAGGCGAACUUCUCAAGCGAGGUUGGCGACCAAGAAGGACCAUAAUCCUGUGCAGCUGGGACUCUGAAGAGAGAGGAGUCAGCGGCUCCACGGAGUGGGUAGAGGAGCAUGCGCAGAUUCUAAGGAGACGCGCUGUCGUCUAUUUGAAUAUCGAUACAGGGGUCAGCGGUAAUUUCUCGCUCAAUGUUGAUGGAAGUCCACUGAUAGAGAAGAUUCUGGUUGCUACUUCGAAAGAGGUGCAAGACCCAACCACCAAACAUGCGGCUAGUAUGUAUGACGUCAUCACCGAGCGUGACAAAACCAAACUGCGUGGCGGUGUUCCUGUGUGUGACAACCUCGCACUGGGGAGUGACUACGUAGCGUUCUAUCAUCUAAUAGGCGUGUCCUCCGCCGACUGGUCCUACAUAUUCGGAGAUAAAAAGCACAAAAUAAGGCGAUCCUACCCGCUUUAUCACUCAAUCCACGACAACUUCGAGUGGAUGAAGCGCUUUGUUGACCCACAAUUUCAGAUUCACUUGGCUGUAGGGAAAUUCACGAGUAGGAUGGUGAUGAAGAUGGCAAACUCAAUCGUCCUACCAUUCAACGCGACAAACUUCGCCCUCAAAUUGAAAUCUGAGAUAAAUGAAUUAAAGAGGCUACCUGGGUUAGACAAGAGCCCAGUAGAUCUUAGAUGGUUGAUUAAUGCUACAAAUGUAUUUGUAGAUAGAGCCGUGAAAUUUGACACAGCCGUAACCCACAUGGUAAAAAGUGAUUUAUUGGCACGCCGGAGAGUAAAUGACCAGCUAAUGCAGGUAGAUCGAGCAUUUAUAAAUACGCUGGUCCAGACAUCUAGGCUUUAUGACCGCCACGUGCUAUACGGACCGGACUGGACAAAUAUCUACAAGGGCGUGUACUUCCACUUGGUCAAACGAGCUAUUAGGGACGCUGAAGCGGGCAAAGACUCCUGGGAUGCAGUGGAGAAAGAGGUGUCUGUGUUGACUUUUUGUUUGCGGUCAGCGGCUGAGAUGUUAGAGCCAGAGGAGUGAAGUACUUCCCUAGCUAAGGUUGGGUCAGGCACCCUCCCUACUCCAUUUGCUGCCAAAAAGAGGUUGUUGAGCAUUCUCACAUAAUCCCUCGUAUCUCCUAGCUCACAUCAGCACAGUCUCUGGGGGGUAGUUUUAAUCGCAGAUUUGACAUAUAAACUCUCUCUCUCUCUCUUGCGGUCCUUUCUCCCUUUUUCCUCAUUCUCGAGUGUAAAUUGUUUUAUUGAUUGUUUCAUCAACGCAUGCGUUUGGAUUUUAUUAUGGUGUAUACUACAAAAGUAGGCUGAUACAACAAUACGACUUGGAUACUUAAUCAUCUUAUGUUUAUUUUCUAUGGAAAAUAUCAAAAAAUAUAAAAAAGAUACCUUUACCAGAUUUGUUGCUCAUCGAUGAUGACAUGCAUAUUAACGACCCUCCAUAACUAUUAAUCAAAGGCCUUAAUUACAUUUUCCGGGGUAGAAAUAAAUUCCAAAACUCUAAAAACAGCAUUUUCUGAUUUUAACAAUUCAUUGCGACUUUUGAAAGCUUCAUUUAUAUAAAAGGCAUUCGGGGGUUGUUGGGGGAUAUUUUAGUGUCAAUUUUUAAGGUGUAAAAAUAUCUUCCUCUGAGGAAGCUAUCCAUCGUAGAAAAUGCAUCUUUUUCUUGAAUCACUAACACAGAAAAAAGAAUUGAGAAAAAUGAAACGCGCGACAAAUUGUGUAAAUUUAUCGCGUUUUUUUCUCAUCUUUGAAAGGCCAAAAGCCUAUGACGUAAAAUGGAUUAUAGCUAUAGUUAUAGUGAAAAUCUCUGAAAACAAUUGUUUGAUAAUUUCCCUGCAUUUCAGCUUUACAGGGUUUUACGGUCCGAGGUGAGGCGCCUGUUAAUAGCGAGGUGUCCGUUAGUCGUGAAUACAUAUCACUUAGCCUGCUAGCCGGCUCUCAUUGUGGGGUAUUCGGAAAUGUUUUAUUUUCGAAUAUUGGGAACCCUGUUCGCGCGCGAAGGCCGAGGUGCGCUGGGCUUAUAGACAGGAGAAGUUUAGUCAUUCGUAACCAAAAAUGUAAUGCAUAGUCGAGUCUUCAAAACAACACAGUCAUCUCUGCUUGAAUUAACUUGACGAGACUUGGUCUCACUACAAAUUGCUAUUUAUUCCUAGUCUUAACUUGGCUUUGUCCGUCUAGUGAUGACUGCAUUGUUUUGAAGACUCGACUAUGCAAUUUGUUUGGGCCCUGUGUUGUGACAUGUAUGAGAAAGAUUCUACUGCCCACCACAUUUGGAUAUAAUAAAAAUAUAUGUAUAA